UCUGUGCGGUGACACAGCGCGUUACGCACUUAUAGCACUAUCACUAUCAAGUCAGUCAAAGGAAAGACCAGAGCUUCUCCCUCCAACACCCACAGCAUACCUCGUACACAAGAAAAUAAACGGUUUCUAGAAGACAAAAUGAUGUACUACAGCAUCCUUGCUUCGUUCUGUCUGCUGGGCAUGGCCAGCUCUCAAAAAAUAGACGAUCUCUCUGCCUGUUUGACUAAGGAGCAAAACCUAAAUUUGACCUGCAAGUUCACCCCUAAACAGGGAGAUAUGCCUGUAUGUAACUUUGCAAUUAAUAAGAAAGUAGUGGCCACUACUAAUACCACCGGAGCUGUGGAUCCAACCUACAAGAACCGGGCCUCAGUCACCCUGAAAGGCAAUGUAUGCUCGUUGACUCUGACAGGAUUUUCAGCUGACCAGCCCGAGACGUACGUCUGUACCAUCUACCAGAAUAAUACGAAUGCUGAACAGUCAAAAACUGUGGAAAAGAAAAACAUGAGUCCCUGCUCUGAUGCCAAUGUUCUGAAGCAUGGUGGUGUGAUUCUGCUGUUGGCUGUUGCCCUGUCUCUGUUGUCUGGCAUACUGUGAGCCAUCAGGAUGAAUGGUGGAAAGAAAUAUAGCCUUAACCAUACACCAGUGAAGCCAAAGUUUCCUUCCUGCACUGAAGAAAUGAUCUGCUACUGUUCCCAAACUUUAAGUGCUUUCAAAUGAUUAGGAUAAUGCUUGUAGUCUUUCAUUUAUAUACAAUAUAUCUGUGUAUGUGGUGGUGACAGAUCGGUGUUGGGAUUUCCAUGCAUUUGUCAUGAAUUCUUGCUGUAACGGCAUGCUGUAUUACAUCAUAUUACAUACCACAUUGGAUCCAAAGAAAUGUCUAGCAUGUGGGUACUGUUUUAACUGUGUUUGUAUAAACCUAGUUUUUUUUUUCUUAUGUUUUAGUACUAGAAAAUUGUUGGUUUCAUUGGAUUUUUACUGAGUGUUGCAUUAUUGCAUUAAAUGUGAUUGACUGGAUAGCUUGUCUGAGCUUGAUACCUUGUUUUAAUGAAAUAAAUGCAUUUUCUGCUAC